GUUCAGAGCACCCAGCCACCCACAGCGGAGUAACACAUAGUUUCAUUGAGUUGUUCUCCACGACGCUGAGUCUGCGGACAUUUGUGUGACACACUCGCGGUGAUUUUUCUGUCAGCAUAGGCAACGCGAAGACAAAAAACACAGUGUUUUUGAGGUGACUGGCUGGAAAGACGGCAUCCGGCCUCAGAAGAAGCUCCGAGGUGGGGGAUAGUGGUCGGAACAGCGCAUAUCGUUUCUGGCCCCCCCUGCCCCUGAGCUCAAUGGAGAAGAUGAAGAAGUUCAAGCGGCGUCUGGCGCUGACACUGCACGGGAGCCACGCGCCAGAGGAAUCGCUGUCCGAGCUGGCCGAGCACAUGACAAUCGAGGAGAGUGCCCUGAAGGACAGCGAACCCGCGGUGAGAAACGGACGGCCACCCUCCUCUCACAGUGUCCAUUCAUUCCUGAACCAGUACGCCGGUUCCUUCAAGAAGCCUCCCAUUCGCCGGCCACACAGCGUCAUAGGGGAUGGCCUGGGUAUUCCUGCGGCGGCAACCCGCAAUGGUGGCCGUUUAGGCAUCGUGCACGAGAACCAGAAGAUGGGCUCGGACGGGGAGAGCGACCAGACCUCCGGGACGUCCUCCGAGGAGGUGCAGUCCCCAACGGGUGUGUGCCUGAGGAGCAGGGGCGGCCGACGGAUCUCUGCUGCGGACCUGAAUAAGCGUUUGUCUCUGCCGGUUGACAUCCGGCUCCCAGACGGAUACCUGGAGAAGCUGCAGAUGAUCAGUCAUCAGUUUGACCAGCCUCUGAGUCGUCGCUCUCGCAGGGCUUCUCUGUCUGAAAUAGGAUUUGGAAAACUGGAGACCUACAUAAAACUGGACAAACUUGGAGAGGGGACGUACGCUACCGUCUUCAAAGGGCGAAGCAAGUUGACAGACAAUCUCGUGGCCUUGAAGGAGAUUCGCCUAGAGCACGAAGAGGGAGCUCCAUGCACCGCUAUUCGGGAAGUGUCAUUACUGAAGGAUCUGAAGCAUGCAAACAUAGUGACACUUCACGACAUCAUCCACACAGAGAAGUCCCUCACUUUAGUGUUUGAGUACCUGGACAAGGACCUUAAGCAGUACAUGGACGACUGUGGGAACAUCAUGAGUAUGCAAAAUGUGAAGAUCUUCCUGUAUCAGAUCCUACGUGGUCUGGCUUACUGCCAUCGCCGGAAAGUUCUCCACAGAGACCUUAAGCCUCAGAACCUGCUCAUCAAUGACAGAGGGGAGCUAAAGCUGGCAGACUUUGGUUUGGCCAGAGCAAAAUCGGUCCCUACUAAGACGUACUCAAAUGAGGUGGUGACACUAUGGUACAGGCCCCCAGACGUGCUCUUGGGCUCCUCUGAGUAUUCCACACAGAUUGACAUGUGGGGAGUCGGCUGUAUAUUCUAUGAGAUGGCUGCUGGCAGGCCCCUGUUCCCAGGGUCCACGGUGGAGGAUGAACUGCACCUCAUCUUUCGGCUGUUGGGAACUCCCACUGAGGUGACCUGGCCUGGGAUUACCACCAUGGAUGAAUUCAAGUCCUACAAUUUCCCCAAAUACAGGCCCCAGCCUUUCAUCAACCACGCACCCAGACUGGACAUAGAUGGGAUUGACCUGCUGUUGUCAUUCUUAAAAUAUGAAUCCAAGCAGAGGAUCUCGGCCGAGGAGGGAAUGAAGCAGCCGUACUUCAGGAGUUUGGGCGCUCAUGUGCAAGCACUACCAGAGAGUUUAUCUUUAUUUACACUAAAGGAGAUUCAGUUGCAAAAGGAUCCAGGCUAUCGGAAUUCUGCCUUCCCAGAGACAGGAAAUGGCAAGAACAGAAGACAAAGUAUGCUGUUCUGAAGCCCUACUAUUUUCUAUUGUCAAACUAUGGAGUAUGGCCUCUCUGAUGUUGUCGACUAACCCCAGCCCGAGUUGUGUGUGUGCCCCAGUGAUGGCUGUGAUGUGACAUGUGGAGGAUGAGAGAGAAACCCUGCCCUUUCACCCCCUCUCACGCAACCAACCACAUUUAAAAUGGCUCUAGUGUACCAGACCAACCCCCAGGGCAGCUGCAGUGACCACACAGGUGGUCAGGCGAUAAAAAAAAGAGUUCUGUUGGGCUUUUAUUUAUGUGAAAAAAGAACAAUGCUGCUAAACCAACUACUGUCUUUUAACCCAUGAACCACCAUUUAUCCUUUUUUAUAUUAUUUCGGUUUGAUUUGUUUUUUUUCUUGUAUUUUUGUCAUUGUGUACAGUGUGUACAAACCCAUAGUUAUGAAAUGCCUGUCUGCAAUGCUGAGACUGAAUGUGUAUUUGUGACUUUAUGUUUAGUUAUUUACUCUGAAGACGGUUAGUGAACGUUUAAUUUCUCUCCUGUUAACAGUCACCGUUCAGCCUGGCAUGACUGGCGCGUCAUCUCAAUGCAUCAAAAACUGGGUUUGACAGGAACUCCUUGUUAAAGUGCCACCAUAUGUCAGCCUCCUCAUGAAUCACAGUUCUUUUUGGUUCCUUUCUCUUUAAAAAAAAAAAAAAAAAACCUUCUUUGUCAGGUUCUCCUUAAUGCAACUGUGAGGCAGGGCUGCAGUUUGAAGCAGUCUGCCCACAUCUGCACUACUUGCCAUCUGAAUAACUGUACUAUAUGUAAUGUUUUCAAGUGAAUUUGGCUACGUUUUUGUUCUGCAUGCCAGUCUUAGGAAAAAGCACAGUCACUGUCUUCACAUUGAGGAUGUGCACAUUCUGUCAAAGCUCCUAAUUAAUACUGACAUCAUAGUGUUAAGAAAUAUAUUUUGUAUAAUAGCUUUAUUUAUGAUCAAUUGUCUCAAUGUGCUGGCAUGUUGGAGGAGUUUAAACACCCUCCCCAUUUGAGCUUGAUAUUUUUCAGAAAAAAAGUCUUCUGAUUAAAGUGGAUUCUCUCCGUGCA